AUGGGUUUGAUCUUCCAUAUUAUGUAUAGUCAUAUAACUACUGAAAAUAAUAUUAAAAAGAGAGUACGCCAUUCAGAGGAUUUAGUAAUGACAGUUUCAUCUGCGAUAAAAGAAUUAAGUUGUAUAGGAGACUCAACUAACAGCAUCUCGUUAUUAUACUUCAUUAAAAGUUAUGGGAUAAGAACAACUGAGGUUAAUAAAUUUAAUGAUUUUAUUAUUGAAAACUGUGGGGCUAUUCAAUUCAUUGUUAAUUCCAAAACCAAUGUGCUUUCAAUAUAUACAGACGUUAACAAGAUCAUAGAAUUUAUAAAAAUACAAAAAUGUGAAGAAGAUAUUAUACAAGGAAAUAUUUAUAACUUAGCAUCUAAUUUAGUAUCUUUAAAUUUUAAUAAAAAAUUAGGGCGAAAAAAAUUAGGA